AUGCCCACCACCUACACCAUCGUAUUUGCUAAUGAGCAUGGUUCGGACGGCCAGUAUGUGUUCUGCAUGGAGAAGCCCAUUAUCAACAAUGAUCCGACAGCCGGGAAUGUGAUCACCAACGCUUCGAUUGGACAGUACGUCUCAGAUGGGAGAGACUUUACUCUCACCACGCAGAUCCAAUUUAAUGCUUGGUGCGGUAAACCUCCCAGCCAGCCAGCCGACGGCACUACAUCCCCACGAGGCCAUAGUGAGGCCGUUGAGCUCGGUACAGAUAAGAAUGACGGCGGUAAGAUACCAUGCAUUUCGCGCACUGAUUUGUGA